CAAAUACUGGCCUCGGGCAACGCAAACAAAAAAAGUUGAACUCGUCUCUUCUUCUUUAAGAAUCCAAUUAAAUCAAAGAUCCAAAAAGCCACUAAAUUCCAAAUUCAUUUCGCAUUUUAAGUACCUCCAAAAAUCUUGAACAAUUUGUAGCGGCAAAAAUCAGGAACGGCCCAUUUCUACCACCAUCCUCCACUUUCAAUCCCUUCUCUCACACAAUCUUUAGAACAACACCAUGCCUCCCACCGGCUUCGUCGGCUCCUCAUCGACCCCCAAGAUCGAUGUCGUCAUCGAUACGGGGUAUCCCUUUCUCAAUCUCACCGUCGAUGGCUUCUUGAAGAUCGGAUCCGUCGCUGCUACUCGAGCCGCUGCUGAGGAUGCUUAUUUUGUUGUUAAAAAUGGAGCAAUUUCUUCUCACAAAUUUGAAAAUACGUUGAAGAAAAUGUGUAAAGAAGGUGCAUAUUGGGGAGCCGUAGCUGGAGCUUAUGUUGGUAUGGAGUAUGGAGUAGAAAGGAUUCGCGGCACAAGAGAUUGGAAAAAUGCAAUGAUUGGAGGUGCUUUGACGGGAGCUCUAGUAUCAGCUGCGAGCAAUAACAACCGAGACAAAGUUGUUAUCGACGCAAUUACAGGAGGAGCUGUUGCAACCGCUGCAGAGUUCAUAAACUAUCUUACUUGACACCGAGGUUUACCAAGCAUUUUCAUGUCCCGUUCCUUGUAAACCUCGAGCAAAAGAAUAAUCAGCUUUGUGUUAUUAGUCUCUCCUUAGAGUUGCAGCCUCAAAAAUGUGAAGAAAAAGAGAAAAUAGAGUAAUACAAAUAUCUUAUUUCUUCAUUAUGAGAGCCACAUGUUUUGUUGAGGCUGUAAUCGCAGCUGUAGUUUCAUUGUUAUAAGGUACAAAAGUAUUGGUUAAGCUUUUAAGAAAGCGAUUUUCCUUCCUUUUUGUCUUUUAA